AUUGUAGUUACCUGAUACUUUAAAGAAGAACUAUGUUUAGCACUAAAGAACAGCUCUCAAAGAGAACCGGACCCCAUGGAAUCGGUCGGUUCAGCUAUUUGCAAGCUUUAGUGACCGAAUUUCAGGACACAGACAGUCUGGAAAGCAAGCAGGAAGUUUUGGCAAAUUUGGCGAAUUUUGCUUAUGAUCCCGUGAACUAUGAAUACAUGAGGACUUUGAAUGUCAUAGACCUUUUCCUAGACUGUCUAGAUGAAACAGACGAGAAGUUGGCAGAGUUUGGUAUUGGGGGUCUCUGUAAUUUGUGUCUAGACAAAAUCAACAAAGAAGAAAUCUUAAAGAAUGGUGGAGUAAAAUUUGUGAUGAAAUGCUUGUCAAGCCCUAACGAAGAGACAGUCCUGUCUGCUAUUACUACCCUAAUGUACCUCGUGACCCCGGUAUCCAAGGCAGAGAUAACCGCCCUGCCCAUUGUAGAAUGCAUGCUGCGUUUUUCUGAGUCCUCAAACCCAAGGUUGAGUAACCUGGCCAAGGUUUUCCUGGAGGACUACUGUGAUGGAGCCCAGAUCGAGGCUGCCAGACAGGUCCAAGAGAGAAGGAGUGCACAAAGUUCAAAUCACUGAAAUCCACUCAGUCAGAAGUGACAAGACAAAGCAUAGGACACCCAGCUGACCGACAUGGGAACAUCAGCACAAAACGCCAUCUCAUUACAGAGAGAAAUGUGGGAUCGGUACAGAAUGUUGUCUAUUAACAGAGAGAAAUGUGGGAUCCAGAAUGCCAUGAGAGUCUGAUAAUGACGAGUGCAUUUAUAAUGUAAAGAUGUCAUGUUAAAAACAAAAUGCACUUUUUGUAAGCUUAGGGAACAAAGAUCAGGCCCGAAUAAAACUGGUAUGACUGCUGAGAUGAUGGCAGAUCAGAUUUACCUCCCUUUGUGUCCUAUUGUGGAAAGCUAGUUUUUAAGGAAUAAAAGAUCAUCAUAUU